AUGACGUUUUCAGCUGAAGCUUGGAGGUGUUAUUUGUUCCUUCCCGUCGAAGAGCGAAAGGAGGCUAGAAAGGGGAAGAUUUAACGAUUACAUAGACCAUUUUCAUACGGUUUCAAUUACACAAAACAACGGCAGAGGAAGGUUGACACAGGACCCAGUGGCCAUGGCAUAUGCAUACCUUUUCAAAUACAUCAUUAUCGGAGACACAGGUGUGGGAAAAUCAUGCCUAUUAUUACAGUUCACAGACAAGCGGUUUCAGCCGGUUCACGACCUCACUAUCGGUGUGGAGUUUGGGGCGCGGAUGAUCACCAUAGAUGGUAAACAGAUCAAGCUGCAGAUCUGGGACACGGCCGGCCAAGAGUCCUUCCGCUCCAUCACCCGGUCUUACUACAGAGGGGCAGCUGGCGCCCUGCUCGUGUAUGACAUCACAAGAAGGGACACCUUCAACCACUUGACAACCUGGUUAGAGGACGCUCGCCAACAUUCCAACUCCAACAUGGUCAUCAUGCUCAUUGGGAACAAGAGUGACCUGGAGUCCAGGAGAGAGGUGAAGAAGGAGGAGGGAGAGGCCUUCGCCAGAGAGCACGGCCUUAUCUUCAUGGAGACCUCCGCCAAGACCGCAUCCAAUGUAGAAGAGGCAUUCAUCAACACAGCGAAGGAGAUCUACGAGAAGAUCCAGGAGGGUGUCUUCGACAUCAACAAUGAGGCUAACGGCAUUAAGAUUGGGCCCCAGCACGCUGCCACCAACUCCACACUCUCCGGUAGCCAGGGGGGCCAACAGGCUGGAGGGGGAUGCUGCUGAACACCCUGCCCCUCUGUCUCAUACCCCCUCCCCCAACCACCCAUCCUGCCCCUUGCGUUUCUUCUGGACUGGUCGGGCUCACUAACAUUUUCUUAACCCCUCCCUCUACACAGCCUUGCCACAGGAGAGUCUAAUUGUAUACUCCAUGACUGUCAGUCAAAAUAUACCAAGCAAAACACGUUAAAGUACCCCCGGUCCUGGGGCAAAAAUGCUUGUCCUGCAUUGGAGCCUGUCUGGGUUGUAGAAUGGUAGGGUUUACUGUUAGUAUUGUGGCAGGAUACUUUAGGAUAGGGUCUCAUAUCUAUCUGUACAUCAAACAGGCAGGAUGCUUUAGGAUAGGGUCUCAUAUCUAUCUGUACAUCAAACAGGCAGGAUGCUUUAGGAUAGGGACUCGUAUCUAUCUGUACAUCAAACAGGCAGGAUGCUUUAGGAUAGGGACUCGUAUCUAUCUGUACAUCUGUGAGCCAGUUGUGGAUCAUGUCUUUUUGACGUUUUGACUUAAAGCUGAAUUGUAUCGAACACUACAAGCUUGGUCAUCAAUUAGUAUUUGAAUUGGUUUCAUGUGGGAGAAAGAAAGCUUUGGGAACGUGUGGUUAACGCAGAAGUUUGAAAUAAAAGAGAAAAAGAAACAUAGAGUUGUGUCGAGCAGCGGCCAUGUCUGAAGUGAAGAAGCUAAAAGGAGAAAAAACAGGGCUGUUUUAAUUCUGUAUUUAUCACUCACAUUCUGUAUAUAUAUAUAUAGUAAUCCUUUCUUGCUUUGGUGUAUGUUGACCGAGCUAGAAUUCUUUGAAUUUCCUGGAAAAAUCUAGACUUUACGAAUAGAGCUUGAAACUGCAACAGUAUUGCUAAAAAACCUACUUGGACACCAUUUUACUUAUAGUUUGUCCUGCCAUCUGCCUCCCCCUCCCCUCGCUAUCUCUCUGUGCCCUAGAUCUGCUAUGACUGUGUAUAGAAACUUUGGCUCAAUAUUCUGCAUCUUAUCUAUUUUAAUGCCAAAAUGUUGUUUACCUGUGUUCAAUAACCACAAACCCCAGAAUUUGAUCACCUCUACUCUGGAAAGGGAUCUCAGCUGUUUGCCUUAACAAAAAGAUUGGGACAGCAGAAAAACAAUAGAAAAACAUAAUCAGGUUGCAAAGGAAUCAUUCCACUAACUACAUAUGCAUAGUCUUAUACAUGCACAGCACAUACACAGCACUUUUUUUGUUUGUUUUACAUUCAAACACGUGUUGCAGACAUUCAGACAUUCUCUAAAUCACUGGUUCUCAAUCCUGGUCCUGGGGACCCAAAGGGGUGCACAUGUUUUCUUUUUGAACUUACACACCUGACUCUAAUUAUCGAAGCCUGAUGAUGAGUUGGUCAUUUCACUCAGGUGUGCAGUGUUAUGGAAAAAACAGAACUGUACACUCCUCUGGAUCACCAGAACCAGGAUUGAGAACCCCUGCUCUAAAUGUGUGUGUGUAUGUAUACACGUAUAUUAAGAAAGUACAUGCAUUCCUAAAUGCAUACAUGUGUACCUACAUGCGCACACACAGUUGUCUAUUUAUACAUACAAGUCUGCAUGCAUACAUAUUUUCUCUUCAGGAUUUUGUUUUCCAAGCAGUCCGCUGUGGAGCAUCAGUGCAGAGCAGCGUUUUCCUGUAGGUGUGUGAGUGGCUGUGUAAAGCCUUGCUUUCUUUGGCAGUGCGUUCUGUUAGUAGAUAUUAUGGUGAACAUCGCGUCUGUUGUAAGAGCGGCGCGGGGAAAGCCGAACCUGGAGUGUCUGUGACCCCCCCCCCGUUUGCUGUGUUGGUUUUUCUUAAAAAUAAAAAAAAUGCUAUCGCAAAUAAUAAAAAAUAUAUAAAAUGAAAUAUAAAUUUAUGUGGAAGAAAUGUGCAAUGUUUAAACUUACAUUUUGUCAUUUCCUUUUUAGAGUUGAUAUUUUGCAUCUCCCUAUAGUACUUUUCUGAGUGUCUGUGUUGGUAUAUGAAUGAAACGAUUAUAUAUGGAUCCAUACUGUAUUGUAUCUCUUGAUUUAUCAAUUUAUAAAGUGAAGCAUGUGUGUCCUCA